CCCCGGGCUGUUGGGUGGACCGGGACAGUGAACGAUACGGAACUACAGCUCCCGAGUGUUGUUGGGGAGGACUCGGGAGCGGGAGGCUCGGGUCUGCUCCUCGCUCCCACGCUUCUCCGGGAUACAGAGUGGGGGAGCAGAGGCUAGAGCCCGGAGUCUGAGCGGGCGUUGCCUCACGGUGUGAGACGCGGACUCUGCCCCUAUGCGGGAGGCCCGGGAGGAGUCCGACCUGGAGCGGUAUCAGAGAAGCCUUCGAGACCGUGCUAGUAAAAGUAUCCAUCAACUGAAAUAUGCCUUGGUGGAAGGAGAUCCCACAGUGGGAGAAAGUGAAGUUGCAUUUGACCAGUCGUCCACAGGUAAUGAUGAGAGUGGGGAAACGGCCUGGCAGGAACUGCAACACAGUCAUGCAGUUAAUCAGCUUAAAGCUUUAUUGCAAGAGCAAGAAGGACUAAAAAGUGAAGUAUCUCCAUCAAGGAGGAGGAAGAUGUCACCCUCAAGAACUUCAAAAGCUGCAGAUCAGAGUUUGCCUACGCUUUGUGAUCUUGUUCCUAUCAUUAAUGAUCAGUCCCAGUACAUUCACCACUUAGAAGCUGAAGUGAAGUUUUGCAAGGAGGAGUUGUCUGGGAUGAAAGAUCGGAUACGAGUAGUUGUGCUUGAAAAUGAGAAACUCCAUGAGGAACUGAAAUCUCUAGCUGUAGAGCAGACGUUGAGAGAACAAACUCUUCUGGAUGCUUCAGCAAAUGUUCGGAACUCCUGGACUGUAGGAGCUGAUGAUUCUUAUUUAUGUCAACCUGCCAAGUCAUCACCAUCACAUAAUAAAGAACGGGUUUUGGCCACAACAGCCACUGCAGAAACAGAAAAAUGGCAGCUAGAAUUGGAGAAACUAAAACUUCUUUAUCAAGAAAGGACUGAUACACUUGAAGCUCAAGUACGGUCUCUAAGAAAAGAUUUAUCUGAAUCUGAGAAGAAUUGUGAAGAUUUAAAAGGAAGAUUAAAGCACCAAGAUUCACUUAUUGCAACAAGUAAUUCCAACCGGGUUGGUGGUCUUUGUCUGAAAUGCGCACAACACGAGGCUGUUCUUUCUCAGACUCAUUCCAAUGUCCACAUGCAGACCAUUGAAAGGUUAACCAAAGAAAGAGAUGACUUAAUGGGUGCACUUGUUUCAGUAAGAAGGAACCUGAGUGAGAUGCAGCAAAGGGAAUCUAGUGCUUAUGAACAAGUAAAACAAGCUGUGCAAAUGACUGAAGAAGCCAAUUUAGAAAAAAUGAAGGCUCUAGUCCAGUGUGAACAGCUGAAAAGUGAGAUGGAAAGACAGAAAGAUCGCCUUGAAAGGGAGCUAAUUGCCCAACUAGAUAAGAGGGCCGGUGAAAAAGAAGCCCUGCGAGAAGAAAUGAAGAAAGAAAGAGAGGACUUGGCAUCAACGGUGAUGGUUUUGUCUCAGAAUGUGGCGACACUGGAGGCUCGGUUAGAGAGAAUUACAAGAGAGAAGAACUCGAUAGCUAACCAGCUAGAGGAAGCCCAAAACCAACUUACCUCUCAGGAGAUGGAAGUUAAUAAGGUGUGUGGAGAAAUGCGUUUUCAGUUGAAUCAAACCAAAAUGAAGAAGGAUGAGGCAGAAAAGGAGCACAGAGAGUACAGAACAAAAACUAUAAGGGAGCUUGAAAUUAAGGACCAGGAAAUAGAGAAAUUGGGAUUAGAGCUGAAUGAAAACAAACUGCGUUUGGAACAAGCACAGCAGGAUGCAGCAAGAGCCAAAGACGAGUGCCUAAAACUGACAGAACUGCUGGGUAAAUCUGAGCACCAACUGCACCUCACCAGAUUGAAGAAAGAAAGUAUUCAGCACAGUUUUAGCAAUGAAGCAAAGACCCGAGCCCUUCAGGCGGAGCAAAGAGAGCAGGAGCUGACACAGAAGAUGCAGCAAAUGGAGGCCCAGCAUGAUAAAACUGUGAAUGAACUGGAUUCUUUGCUGACCUCCCAGAACACAUUCAUAGCAAAAUUGAAGGAGGAAUGUUGUAUGUUGGCAAGGAAGCUGGAACAUGUAACAGAAAAAAACAGGUCUGAAGUCAGCCAGCUUAGUCAGGAAAAUGAGUACGUUCAUGAUAGACUGGAGAAGAUGCAGAAAAGAAAUGAUGAAUUGGAAGAACAGUGUAUCCAGCAUGGGAGAAUGCAUGAGAGAAUGAAGCUGAGGUUACACCAGCUUGACAAGCAUUGCCAAACCACUGCCCAGCAGCUAGUGGAGUUACUCAACAAACAGAAUCAGCUGUUCAGAGAGAGGCAGAUGCUAACAGAGGAGGUGCAGUUCCUGCGAACACAGGUAUCAUGCCAAUACUGGGAACAAGAGCACAGAAAAUCAUAGGGAAAUGUUCUGCAGUCAUCAAGAAAGAUAGACUUUGCUAAAGGCUUGUAUCAAGAAGGAAAACCACCAUAAAACACAAUCUUCAGAGUACAGAAAUAACACAUUGAUUAAAAGGGAUGGCAGGGCAGUUUAAAGUUGUACCCACACCCUGAUUCAACCUACACUCAAUUAAGAAAAUGCUGUGAGAUGCAUCUAAGCAGAACAAAUACUACUUGUGUCAUUAAUUCCAAUCAGAAAUCUUUGUUUCAUCCUUCAUAUCAGAUGAUAGUAGGCAACAGAAAAUUCCUUGUUUAACAGCAUUAGCAUGUAGUACAGUAUUGAAACGUAGAACUGCCUCUCACCUUGAAACGUAAUCAUUUUGAAAACUCUAGUUUUAGGGUAUAAUAUCUACACCUGAGACCCCCACCCUCUGGUUGUGGUUUUGCAAUCUCAUUUCCCUGUUUUAAAAAAAAAAAAGUUUUUGCCUCCCUUGUUGCAGUGCAAAAACCCCACCCAGUGGGGUUCUGUAUGGGCACAGCAGUCCACCUUAGCACAAGAAGUGGCAGGAUUAAGGCCUUACUUAUGUAGGGGUGCAGUCUGCAAGAUACUGUUAACAUUUUUCAGACACUGAUUUUUAAGUUGGAUGCUGCCCCUUUAAUCAUUCACUACUUUAGGAAGGAGGAAAAGAAUCAUGACUUUUUAAACUGUAACUGAACUGCUGAAUUAAACGUACUCUCCAAAUCUAGCACAUAAUUAAGCCUUUGUUUCUGUGACUAAGUAAAUUAACUGAUUCGACCGUAUCACUGUGAUACCAAGCCAUCUGGCUCAUGAACAAAGCAAGUUUCUGGGUUCAGACACGAAAUUUGGACUUUCAUUAACAUGAACAGGACCAAGAGAGGAAUUUGUAGUACCAAACUGCAGCGUGAAAGGAAAAUCAAUGUUUUAAUCAUUCUAUUGUUCACCAAAAAGUAGGCUAGUAUUAGAGCAUACAUGGCAAAUAGCAGCAUACUUUAACCUAGAACUAAAUGAAAAAAACACACACAUUAUCAGUGUGGUAACAAUGGGAAAAUGUUGUCUUUUUAAUGCUGACUAGAGUACCUGAGUUACCUGUUUUCCCUAUAUCUAGAAUAAAAUACUGUGCUACCUUAGAUUUACCUCUAUAGGGUAUCUGUUGGAAAAUUUAAUGGCAAUCACUGUGUUUCAUGUUUAAGCUCUUUGAAGCUGAAGAAUGUGUUGCAUUAAGAGAAAGUGAAAUAACCCUGCACCAAGGAGAGCCAGAGACUCUCUGAGGUCCACUAAGGACUCUGAGAUCUGGAAGACUCUCAGUUAGAAGGCAGAUAGGCAGCAGUACACAACCAUGACUACCUUCUAGAUGGUGUGCUGCUAACUAAAUUGAAUAUUGUUACCACUGAAAGUCUGCUUUGCAGUUGUAAAGGAUGCAUUUGUUAAAAUAGGGAAUGGGUGCUGCAGUCAAGGCUUUUUACCACUACCACCCAGCAGUUUUCAUCAGUAGAUCUUAAAGUACUUCAGUCUAAUGUAUUGGUUGUAACACCUCUGUGAAGUAGGAAGUAAUGCAUCGAAACAUGGAGACUUGGAAGGAAGAAGGUUGGUGACUUUUUAAAAAUGUAUUCCUGCAAAACAAGAACCUCAAUAAGCCAGCUGAAGUGUUUUUAAACAACAUUGGAUCCAUGGGAACAGGAACAUAGCUCAGCAGAACUGUAUGGUGCACAAGGCAAAUGUUUUAAGGAAACAAAGGACAAUUCAUUACAAGUUGGAUAUUUUAAGUCCAGAUAAAUAUGAAUUCCUUUCAGCUUCUUGUAUUUUGUUCAAAAGCAAUAAUUUUGAAUAUAUAGCACUACUGAUCCUAUUUUGAGACUUCAUGAGAUGCCACAUUUCAUAUUUAAAUUGAUCACAAUACCUAUACUUGCCAUGUCCAUAAAAAAAAUAAUAGUAA